AUGCAGAAGGUGCUCGCCCCGCAGAUCUCCAAAGGCGCCGAGAUCCUGGAGGAGCACGUGUCCUCGAUUUACGCCAAGCUUCUGGCAAGCAGCAGCGUGACCAUCGUGGUUAACGCCCGUAUGUCUUCUCUGGAGAAGCAGGUCGGCUACCUCACCAGUUGCGCAGCGGAGUUGGCUUCGUCUUCCAGCAGUGGCGGCGAAGGGGUGCCCCCUGAACCCUCCGCAGCCGCAGGCAACGAGGGCGAGCCCGGUGAGAAGUCGAAGGACCACAGCGGGGACGAGCGGGGCAAGGACGACGGGCCGGCGACAGAGGACGACAUCGUUGAGUCGGCUAGCGUGUAG